UCAAAAUGUUCAACACUAAAUUCGUUAUUGGCUUUUGCCUCCUGUUGGGCGCCGCUUUGAGCUCUGGGGAGCGUGCCCGUUAUGACAACUAUCGUGUGUAUAAAGUAACUCCCUCAAAUCCCACACAAAUGGAAGUGAUGAAAAAUUUAGAAAGUUCAAGUGAUUCGAUAAUUUUCCUCAACGAUGUUCAGUGGAAUAACAAACCGCUCAAAAUUGUGGUGGCUCCCCAUAAAAUACCGGACUUUUUGGAAAUUUUGGGUACCAAUGAAAUCGUAUACGAGUUAUUGGAAACUAACCUGCAGACGCGCCUGGAUGCCAGCCUCGAAGACGUGGCUAAACCAAAUCCCUUGGAACGUGCCAUUUCCUAUGACUGGACUCAAUAUUAUGAAUUGGACUACACCUAUAGAUGGCUACAACAAUUGGCAGUGAAUUAUCCCGGUGUGGUCACCCUAAUUGAAGGUGGUAAAUCAUAUCAAGGUCGCUCCAUUUUGGGUGUUAAAAUUUCCAAAACCAAAAGUGAAAAGCCUGGAAUCUUCAUUGAAGCUGGUAUACAUGCUCGCGAAUGGAUUGCAGGCGCCACGGCCACAUACAUAAUCAAUCAAUUGCUCACCUCCACUGAUGAGGGGGUUAAACAGAUAGCAGAGAACUAUAAUUGGUACAUCUUCCCCCAUGUGAAUCCAGAUGGUUUUGUCUACACCCACACCACAGAUCGUUUGUGGCGCAAGACUCGUACUCCUUAUGGCAGCUGUUUUGGUUCGGAUCCCAAUCGUAAUUGGGGUUUCGAAUGGAAUGUUGUGGGCUCCAGUAACAUACCCUGUUCAGAUACCUAUGCCGGCCCAUCGGCUUUCUCGGAAAUUGAAACACGUUCUCUGUCCGAAUACAUUAAGAGUUUGGAGGGAAAAAUAUCCUUGUACAUAUCCUUCCAUUCCUAUUCCCAAUAUCUCUUAUAUCCUUAUGGUCACACUGCCACCCUGCCCUCCAAUCAUGAAGAUUUCAAGCGAGUCUAUGAUGCCAGUGUUGCCGCCAUAAGCAAGAGAUACGGCACCGUUUAUACUGGUGGUAAUAUUUAUGAUGCCAUAUAUCCCGCUUCCGGUGGCAGCAUUGAUUGGGCCUAUGAAAAUGUGGGCACAAAAUUGGUCUUUUGCUAUGAACUGCGUCCAUCGGAUAAUCAACCCUGGAUUGGUUUCGAAUUGCCGGCCAGUCAAAUUUUACCCACCGGAGAGGAGACACUUGACUCCAUUACCGCCAUGGUUAAUGAGGUGGAAAAGUUGGGAUAUUUUAAGAAUUAAAUUUAAGUUUUUAGGUUAUAAGUUAAAAUGAUCGAAUUUAAAAAAAUAUAUUUAGGCACUCAACGUUUCUAACGAAUUUAUGGGGAGGCUUAUUGAUAUGGGAAAAUUUCUAAAGAAACUUUGCUAAAAUAAUCAAU